UCCCGCCCCUGCAGAGAUCGGCAGUCGGACGGAUCCCGGGUUUCUCCCAAACCCGGAAUGUGAGGCCUGGGUCGGCGUCUGUCUUCCCCUCUGCCCUGCUUUUUACCCAGGCCUCUGUCAGCUGCCGCGGUCCCCCUGCUCGCCCCUGGAGUAGCCAGCGCGGCCGUGUCCUUCUGCCGUGUGCCGGCGUGGCUACCGCCGCCCCUCCAAAUCCUCCGGGGCCGCAAAGGAGUUCGCUACGGAGGGAGGCGGGGGCCUUCGGGAGGAGGAGGCGGAGGAGGCGGAGGAGGAGGGAAGGAAGAUGGCGGCCGUAGAACUAGAGUGGAUCCCAGAGACUCUCUAUAACACCGCCAUCUCCGCUGUCGUGGACAACUACACCCGCUCCCGCCGAGAUAUCCGCUCAUUGCCCGAGAACAUCCAGUUCGAUGUUUACUACAAGCUUUACCAACAGGGACGCUUAUGUCAACUGGGCAGUGAAUUUUGUGAAUUGGAAGUUUUUGCUAAAGUAUUGCGAGCUUUGGAUAAAAGACAUUUGCUUCAUCAUUGUUUCCAGGCUUUGAUGGAUCAUGGUGUGAAAGUUGCUUCAGUGUUGGCCUACUCAUUCAGUAGACGGUGCUCUUAUAUAGCAGAAUCAGAUGCUGCAGUAAAAGAAAAAGCCAUUCAAGUUGGCUUUGUUUUAGGUGGCUUUCUGUCAGAUGCAGGCUGGUACAGUGAUGCUGAGAAAGUUUUUCUGUCCUGCCUUCAGCUGUGUACUCUACAUGAUGAGAUGCUUCACUGGUUUCGUGCAGUAGAAUGUUGUGUGAGGUUGCUUCAUGUACGAAAUGGAAACUGCAAAUAUCAUUUGGGUGAAGAAACAUUUAAGUUAGCUCAGACGUAUAUGGAUAAACUGUCAAAACACGGUCAGCAAGCAAACAAAGCUGCACUCUAUGGAGAACUGUGUGCCCUCCUAUUUGCAAAAAGUCACUAUGAUGAGGCAUACAAGUGGUGCAUUGAAGCAAUGAAAGAAAUCACAGCUGGCUUGCCAGUCAAAGUCGUGGUAGAUGUUUUAAGACAAGCUUCUAAGGCUUGUGUAGUAAAACGUGAAUUUAAGAAGGCAGAACAGUUAAUUAAACAUGCAGUGUAUUUGGCACGGGAUCAUUUUGGAUCCAAACACCCAAAAUAUUCUGAUACACUGCUAGAUUAUGGAUUCUACUUACUCAAUGUAGAUAAUAUCUGUCAGUCUGUUGCAAUUUAUCAGGCAGCCCUUGACAUUCGGCAGUCAGUGUUUGGUGGCAAAAAUAUCCAUGUAGCAACAGCUCAUGAAGACUUGGCUUAUUCUUCUUAUGUUCACCAGUAUAGCUCUGGGAAAUUUGACAAUGCGCUAUUUCAUGCAGAAAGAGCUAUUGGUAUCAUUACCCACAUCCUUCCUGAAGAUCAUCUUCUUUUGGCUUCUUCAAAGAGGGUGAAAGCACUCAUUUUAGAAGAGAUAGCAAUUGACUGUCAUAAUAAGGAAACUGAACAGAGGCUGCUUCAAGAAGCUCAUGAUUUGCACCUGUCUUCACUUCAGCUAGCUAAAAAAGCUUUUGGAGAGUUUAAUGUACAGACUGCAAAACACUAUGGAAACCUUGGAAGACUUUAUCAAUCAAUGAGAAAAUUUAAGGAAGCUGAAGAAAUGCACAUCAAAGCUAUUCAGAUUAAAGAACAACUUCUUGGUCAAGAAGAUUAUGAAGUAGCCCUUUCAGUGGGACAUUUGGCUUCUUUAUAUAACUAUGACAUGAAUCAAUAUGAAAAUGCCGAGAAACUUUAUUUGCGAUCUAUAGCAAUUGGGAAGAAACUUUUUGGUGAAGGCUACAGUGGACUAGAGUACGAUUACCGAGGUCUCAUUAAGCUUUACAACUCCAUUGGAAAUUAUGAGAAAGUGUUUGAAUACCACAAUGUUCUGUCUAACUGGAACCGGUUGCGAGAUCGGCAGUAUUCGGUGACCGAUGCUCUUGAAGAUGUCAACACCAGCCCCCAGUCCACUGAAGAAGUGGUACAGUCCUUCCUGAUUUCUCAGAAUGUUGAGGGACCGAGCUGCUGAGGAAGGACCUCAGUUAACCAGUUUAUCUUUUCCCAGAUUCCAGGGAAUUUAUACUGUGAAAUCAAAACCGUAUUGUUUUUUGGGGCUGGAAUUUGCAUUGAAACACUGGUCCAGUCCAUUGAAGACCCUACUUGGGUGAUCCCUAUCUUGCAGAGUGUCCGUAGGAAUAAGCAUAUAUCAGUUAUAUUUAGCAUGUACCGCAUGUAUUAUAAGUAGCCUGCCCACAUUUUUCAACCUAGUAGAGCAAACAACAAAAAAUCUUUUUUUUUUCUUUUUAAAAAUACUCAUUUUGCAGAAAGCCUGAAAGGAAAAAAGAACCCCUAAAUAAAACUAUUUAAGAGUUUAAAAGAGUUGCAUUCUUAUUAUGUAAGGAUGAUUUUAACAACUUUUUAACAUGUAAUUCUUCCAUGUGAAGGUAUUCAAUACUAUAUUGUAAAGAAAUUUUAAGGGGAAAAUUUUUUAUAUGCAGUAUAGAAAAGUUAACACAAGUACUAAUAAAAGAGAGACAUCCUGAAUUAGGUUUGGCUACCUUACCCAGAGAAGCGGACACAGCCACUCCAGAGCUAUGUUACAAGAGAAGGACUGUCAGAUUCAUCUGAACUGGACCAGUGUUGAUUGUAAGUAAUAGAAAAUCUGACAGACCAGCAGUUUUAACUUUUUUUUUUUUUUUUUUUUUUUUUUUUGGUACAACAAUGCAAGAUAUUCUAAUAGUAUUUGCUAACAGGACCAGGAGGAUCUAAAAAGGACCAGCCUAAUGAGGAAGGCAGUUAUUUGGACCAGAGGCUUUAGAUUAUUUUAGCCUUUGCAUAUGCUUUUAUCAAUAAAGUUAAUUCAUUUAGAUGUAUAAUGAAAAGUGAUAAUGCAAAAAUUAUAUCCAUGUAAUAGAUACCAAACUAGGCAAAUUGGGCAAUUUCAAUGGCAUAUCUUAGUCGAGAGGCACAGAUGACAGUGUCAUAAACAGGUGUAUGAAUAUCUGUUUCAGCCAUCCCCCUCAUUUUAAAUGUUAUCUUAAUCAAUGCAGCUAACAAGUAUAUUGGCUAAGAGUCAUGAAAUAGCACAUAUACGUGGAUGUGGAUUUUAGGUACAAUAUAGUUUGUGGGGAUUAAAGAAAAACAAAUGCCCUAAAUUACAGUCAGCCUUAGAAAUCCUUCAUUUUUAUGGUAAAUAAUAGUGCAGCUAAGUCAUUUUAUUUGAAAUCCAGGAGUCAGAUGGAAAGAUCCCCUAAUGAUAUGUCUAUUUCACUAAAUUGUCUUUCCAUUUAUUGGGUUUUGAUUUUAUCUUUUUUUUUUUUUUUAAUCAAUCAGGUUGUUUCAUGCUAAGGUAAUAUUCAAAUUUGAGAAGUUGUGACAUGUAGCAAUCCAAGAAAUAAAAAGAUCUUUUGCUGUUACCUCAAUUCUUAUUAUAGUGGCCCAUUUGGUGCCUCUAUAGUUAAGAAUCUGGGUUUUCCCCCCUAUUUUCAGGGGUUCAUGACUUGGCUGUCAGAGAUAAUGCUCCUGGCUAAAGCUUGGAGUAGUCUGUGGGUGAGUGAAUGUGUGUUGAACUUUGAUUUUCUUUUAAAAUGCAUGUUGCGUGGGAGGGGAAAAAGUCUAAACUAUCUGCCACAUUAUGUACAGAAAAUUUAAUUGGAGAUUUCAAAUAAAUUUGAUUUUCAACACUUUUUAAAA